GCUGAUUGCGGCGAUUGCUAUUAAAGCGUUAUGGCUGAAAACACUAGUGACUCUCCUCAAAGUGGCUGCUCAGAAGAAGAAAAAUCAGAAACAAAUGAUCCGUGCAAGCAGAAAUUUCAGUGGGUCUCCAGGUCAGGUCACCGUGAAGUAGCAGCUGUCCGUCCUCUGCCGAGGAUAGGAAGUGGGUCACACGCUGCUGCUUCGUCUUCACCAGCCGGCCAAACCAGUCAGCUCGCCCGCUCAACUCCACAUGCAGCGGCCAUUUCACCAACACAGCUCGGAUGGAGGCAAAUGGACCGAUUCAGUAUGACUCAGCUACAGCCCUUCUCUUUUGACGAACGUGACUCCAUGCAAAGAGUUGCCCGUGAAAAAAGGCUGGAGGAGCUGAGGCACAUGGAGGAAAGUCGGCGGGCUUCGGCUACAAGGUUCAGAGCAAACCCAGUGAGGAGGUACAAACCACUGGUGCUGAGGCAGAGCACACGACCACUCACUGUCCCACGAGCUCCUUUCUCCCGUCAAGAUUUAUAA